AUGGGCAUCUCCACCGUCACGGCUGCACCGAUACAUCUAGGCAUUCUCCAACAUGGAGCUUCCGAGGAGCCAGAAGAGGGCGGCGCCAGCCUUUGGGUCCUCUAUCUGGUCUCCGCUGUUUUGGUCCUCGUUGGAGGAGCCUUUGCCGGCUUGACGAUAGCUCUGAUGGGCCAAGAUGGCAUCUAUCUCCAAGUACUCGCGAGAGACCGGACCGAACCACAACAAAAGAACGCGAAGCGAGUGUACGAUCUACUACAGCGUGGCAAACAUUGGGUCCUAGUUACCCUGUUGUUGUCCAAUGUCAUUGUCAACGAAACACUUCCCGUUGUUUUGGACCGUUGCCUUGGCGGUGGCGUUGCCGCUGUCAUCGGCUCUACCGUCUUGAUUGUCAUCUUCGGUGAGGUUAUUCCUCAGUCGCUAUGCGUCCGAUACGGCCUUCCAAUCGGUGGCUACAUGGCCAAGCCCGUCCUCCUACUCAUGUAUUUGACCGCCCCCGUCUCGUACCCGAUUGCAAAGCUCCUCGACAAGCUUCUUGGAGAAGACCAUGGCACAGUCUACAAGAAGAGCGGUCUCAAGACGUUGGUCACCCUACACAAGAACCUCGGCGAUGUUUCGGAACGCCUCAACCAGGAUGAAGUCACCAUCAUCAGUGCGGUACUCGACUUGAAGGAAAAGCCGGUCGCCAGUGUCAUGACUCCCAUGGAGGACGUUUUUGUCAUGGCAGAGGACACCGUUCUGGAUGAGAAAACAAUGGAUAUGAUCUUGUCAGCCGGCUACUCGAGAAUCCCCAUCCAUGAAACCGGAAACCCCACCAAUUUUGUCGGCAUGUUGCUUGUCAAGAUCCUCAUCACUUACGACCCCGAAGACUGCAAGAGGGUCAAGGACUUCCCCUUGGCUACUCUUCCCGAGACCCGUCCUGAAACCAGCUGUUUGGACAUUGUCAACUUCUUCCAAGAGGGCAAGUCCCACAUGGUUCUUGUUUCCGAAUAUCCCGGAGAAGAUCACGGUGCCAUUGGUGUGGUUACCCUUGAGGACGUUAUCGAGGAAUUGAUUGGAGAGGAAAUCAUUGAUGAAUCGGAUGUCUACAUCGACGUCCACAAGGCCAUUCGCCGGUUGACUCCUGCACCCAAGGCCAGAAUCACACGUCGUGUCUCCGAGGAUGUGCUUGGCAAGACCAUGAGCAGGGGUCAUGAUGAUGCCGCCGGUUCGAGCAAGACAAACGGUGUUGAUAUUCCACCGUCAAAGAUUGUUGAGCCGCUUACCGGUGCGGGCAGCACUGUCUCAGAAGCGGCCCAUCUCAUCAACGAGCGGGAUCCCAAGCAGACGACUUUCAUGAUGCGGAGAAGCUCUACUGGGGUCGAUGGCCAGAUGGUGAACACCACGGUCCCGGUUCGCACCAAUCUCGAAGAACUGAGGCAGCACUUGAAACACCUAGGACCCUCCAACCCGGCUAUUAACCCCAAGAGCACUCGCUCAACUACAGUAAAGAUCAAACCUGGGAUUGCGGGACACCUCUCCCAAGCACGUGCUGCAUCAAUUGCCGACUCGAGCGCCGUUGCCGAGACUUCCUACGAAGAUGACGAAACCACUAGCCUCCUCAGACCUCAACAGUCGACCGCAAAGGACGGUAUCCAAGCUCUGACGCAGAGCUACGGUGGUGUUAGCCCCGCUACCGCACAGCUCAUCUCUCCAGCAGAGAGUGCUGUCACGGCAGUACCUAUUGAUAUGGACAACUCGGGCGGUAAUCAAGAUACAGUCGACAAGUCAACACAGACGCCCACGAGGCAGCAACGGAAUGCGGCCACGGAUACGGCCAGCGGGUUGUCUGACCAUGGAUCGAACGGUAGUAGCGAUAGUGUCGCCAGCAUUCGCGACAACGGCCCCUUGCCCCAUAGGCGUGGAAUUGUUCGCAGUGGAAGUAUAACAGAGAACAUUAUUGAGACACGAGGUGUCAGGAAGGUGGUUUUGGAAACCAACAGCUCCAACGACGAGGAGGAAUACGCCAUCACUGCAACCUCGCCUGGCGACGGCCGUGGCGCCAAGGUGACUGUGUCGAUAGCCACGCCAUCCGCCAGGUCGGAGACAGGUGAUGAGACUCAGGGUCUUUUGCCGCUUACGACGGGCGAUGAAGGGCACCAGUCCGGAGAUAAGGAGAGUGAAUCCGCCAAAACCAAUAGUGGCGGACAGAGCAGUAGUCAAGGGAAGAAGAAUAAGAGCAAAAAGAAGAAGCGCAAGGGCGGCAAAUCUUAG